AUGGCAAACCCUAGCAAUGAUAAAGGGAGCUCGCCGGCGCCGCCGAGGAGGAGCAGGACGAAGCGAGACCCAAGCGGGGACAAGGUCUACAGCGUGCCGCCGCAGGACUUCGCGGACACCGUGCAGAGGCUCACGGGCGCAGCCACCGCUCAGUCGUCCCAGGCUCCGGCACCAGUAGUUGCCGCCGCUGAUGGAGCUCCGUCUCGGCGACGCUCAUCGUCGUCUGGGUCGCCACCGUCGGCUCCGGCACUACUACUGUCCGUGACGACGCCGAGAUCGAGAUCCAUGCAGGAAGCCUACCUGGCGUGGUGCGCCUCCAAUAACGUCGUCCUCAGCCCCGGGACAAUGGCAGAGAUGGAGCUUUGCACUAAUAUAUAG